AUGAGAUUAGCACCUUGAAUCAGCUAGAAAUGUUGUUUGUGCAAGAAAAUGCCUUAAAGGGGCCUAUUCCUAUGGGUGUCUUCAAUAUGUCAUCUUUGACUGUUGUAACUUUCUAUGGAAACAACUUGAAUGGUAGAAUCCUGACAAAAUUUGUCAACAUCUUCCAAAUAUUCAAGAGUUGGAUUUAGCUAUCAAUCAGUUUGAUGGUCCACUUCCUUCCAAGUUAUGGCAAUGCAAACAAUUUCUUUUAUUAGACUUGGGGGAGAACAAGUUUAGUGGAAGAAUACCCAAAUAUAUUGGGAACUUAACCCAGAUAAAGAGGAUUGAGCUUGACACCAACAGGUUAACAGGUACUAUACCAUAUGAAUUUGGUUAUCUUCCAAAUUUAGAGGGGUUGUCGCUCAUGGAUAAUAAUCUAAAUGGUCAUAUCCCAUCCUCAAUCUUCAAUAUCUCCACAAUAACAAAAUUAUAUCUCGGCAUCAAUCAGCUUUCAGGUAGCCUCCCAGCAAACAUAGGCCUUGGGCUUCCAAACGUAGAACAAUUUCAAGUAGCAGCGAAUCACCUCAGUGGAGUAAUCCCCAAAUCCAUCUCCAAUGCUUCUGAGCUUCAGCUUCUAGAACUGGGAGAGUACGGAAUGGAAGGAAUAGUGAGCAAAAGAGGGGACGUGUAUGGUUUUGGUAUUGUAGUAAUGGAAACAUUCACAAGAAGGAAGCUGAUCGAUGAGAUCUUCAUUGGGGAAAUGAGAAUAAAUCAAUGGGUUGAAAAUUUCCUAGUUGCAGAUGCGAUAGUUGAAGUUGUGGAUGCUACCUUACUUGGAACUGAGGAGGAUCAUGACUUCGUGAGCAAGAGGGAGUGCUUAUCAUCUAUUAUGAGAUUAGCUGUUGCUUGUUCAGCAGAAUCACCAGAAGAGAGGAUAAACAUGCAAGAGGCUCUAGCCAUACUUAAAACAAUCAAGAUCAAGUUUUCAAAGAACUCUGCUGCAAGAGGUGUGGUGUUGAACCGUCGUUCUGUUUCGUAACCCCUUAAUUAAUGUGUCGAUAUAUCUUGGCAUGGCAUUUGAUUCAGUACGUAAUUAUGUAAUUGUUUGGCAAUGUGGUUCUGACUCAUUUGGUUGGUAAUUCACUCUACUACUAUGUAUUCAAAAAUAACUUCCAUCUAGCUCUUUCCCACUUUGUAGUUUCUGUGUUUUUCUGCUUUGAGGCUAGCUGUUUUAAGUUCUUAAUGUACUUAUCAUGGUAGAGUAUGCCUAGGAUUUAUAUGAGGUGUCAGUAUGUUGUACUCCAAUCAUUCUUAUAUUCCGUUGUUGUGUCACCACAGCAAUCUAUUCAUGUAAUGCAG